UUAAGGUUUUCGUGAAGCUGCAGCAGUAAAUAAGUGCGAAUGUUAACAAGUGCGUGUUGAAGUGUAGAUAUAGCGUGUAGUUGAGCCGCCGCCGCAAUUAACUAUUGCGUUGUAGCAGGGGUGGCUCGCAGCAUCACCUGCACAAUUUGGGCGCAUAAAAAAGCUGCAUAUUUGUAUUUAAACUAUUUGUUCUUUGUCUGCAAGCUAAAGAAAAAUGUGCAAUAAUAUGAUACGGUGCAUAAACAAAUCUAAAAAGGCUAGCCUAAGCUUUAUUAAAAAUUAGUGACAUGUUGGCCCGGUCAUGCAACCUGUGCUGAGCAACCAAACUUAUAAUGUAAAGCUAUCCCUUUACGUUUAAUUCGAAAGUGAAUGAGUGAUACCUUGUGUGCAGUGCAUACAAGUUUGUGCAUGUUUAAUGAGCCAAAUUGCAGCCGCGAGUUGUAGGCAUUUGUCAAAAAAAAAGUAAAAAAGUGUUGUAAGUUUGAAGAAAAUGUAAAACGCGGAAAGUGAUAGUGUGUAUGUGUGUGUAUAGUUGAGAGUUUUAAGUGUGAGCAGGAAAUGAAAGAUAGAGUAGCUGCAAGGUGAUCGUGUAUACCCAUUACACAGGCCGCCUCACCGCGUUGGGAGCCACAAAUCGCGGUGCUCUGCGAAGCUGGCCAAAUAUUCCAACCACAAUACCUCUCCGAAGAGGGACGCUGGGUAACGGAUUUGAAUAAGAAGACAUCGGGCGCCACAUGCUUGCGAGACAAAAUGGACUUACUGGACUACUGCAAAAAGGCUUAUCCGAAUCGUGAUAUCACUAAUAUUGUUGAAUCUUCGCAUUAUCAGAAAAUUGGCGGCUGGUGUCGUCAGGGCGCUUUGAAUUCGGCAAAAUGCAAAGGGGCACAUCGUUGGAUCAAACCAUUCCGUUGCUUGGAAGGACCAUUCCAAUCGGAUGCGCUACUCGUGCCCGAAGGUUGCCUCUUCGAUCACAUCCACAAUGCCUCACGUUGCUGGCCAUUCGUUAGAUGGAACCAGACUGGUGCCGCCGCUUGCCAGGAGCGCGGCAUGCAAAUGCGCAGCUUCGCCAUGUUGCUGCCCUGUGGUAUUUCAUUGUUCUCGGGUGUGGAAUUCGUUUGCUGUCCGAAACAUUUCAAAACCGAUGAGAUUCGCGUGAAGAAGACCGACCUACCCGUUAUCGCCCCAGCUGAGAUUACCAACAGCAAUGUGGAUGUGACUAACGAUGAUGACAAUGACUCUAACUACUCCAAGGAUGUUGGCGCCGAUGAUGAUCUCGACGAUGAAGAUGAUUUGAUGGGCGAUGAUGAAGAGGACGAAAUGGUCGCUGACGAGGCAGCUGCUGGUGAGGCGAAUAGCUCCAAUGUUGACGAUUUGAAUGGCGAAUAUGAUUCCGGCGAGGACUUAGACAAUUAUGAGGAGGAUGGUGGCGGUGCAGCUGAAGAGCAGUCGGACAGCUGGGAUUUGCAGAAUGGUAGCUCAAGCGGCGCGAAACCAGCGGCGGUGAAGUCCAACGCAGAUGAGGCGGGUGGUGCAAAGGGCAAAUUGAGUGUUGAGUCGGUGGUUAAGGGCGCAGCUGGCAUGAUGGCUGACACGCCAGCCGCAUCCUCAGCACAACAACAGCAGCAGCAGCAGCAAUUCCCCACAGCGCCAUCCACCAGCCAGCCCACCGUCGAUCCAUACUUCACCCACUUCGAUCCGCACUACGAGCAUCAGAGCUACAAAGUAAGUCAAAAAGAAGCCCAACAGCGCCUCGAGGAAUCUCAUCGCGAGAAGGUCACACGUGUCAUGAAGGACUGGUCCGAUUUAGAGGAGAAGUACCAGGAUAUGCGCAUGGCCGAUCCCAAGCAAGCACAGACAUUCAAGCAACGUAUGACAGCACGCUUCCAGACUUCUGUUCAGGCACUCGAGGAGGAAGGCAACGCCGAGAAGCAUCAGUUGGCUGCCAUGCAUCAGCAACGCGUAUUGGCCCACAUCAAUCAGCGCAAACGUGAAGCGAUGACUUGCUACACUCAAGCGCUCACCGAACAGCCACCAAAUGCUCAUCAUGUCGAAAAGUGUCUGCAGAAGCUCUUACGCGCCUUGCACAAGGAUCGCGCUCAUGCAUUAGCCCACUAUCGUCAUCUCUUGAACUCCGGCGGUCCAGGAGGUUUGGAAGCUGCCGCCUCGGAGCGACCACGCACAUUGGAACGUCUCAUCGAUAUCGAUCGCGCCGUCAACCAAUCCAUGACCAUGUUGAAACGUUACCCUGAAUUGUCUGCUAAGAUUUCCCAAUUGAUGAACGACUACAUUUUGGCACUCCGCAGCAAGGACGAUAUACCCGGCUCAUCGUUGGGCAUGAGCGAAGAAGCGGAGGCCGCCAUUUUGGACAAAUACCGCGUUGAGAUCGAGCGUAAGGUAGCGGAGAAGGAACGUCUACGUUUGGCCGAGAAGCAGCGCAAGGAACAACGUGCCGCUGAACGUGAGAAAUUGCGUGAAGAGAAGCUGCGCUUGGAGGCCAAGAAAGUUGAUGAGCUGCUGAAGUCGCAAGCCGAGCAGGAUGGCGGCGCUAGUGGUGCUGGCUCCUCUAUUUCAGGCUCCUCCUCCGCUGCAGCACUAGGUGACUCCAAGGUGAGCAGCAAAGAAAUGGGCCAGCUUACAGAUCCCACUAAAUUGGCGCAAAGCGAUAAGGACAGCACUGGCGGUGAGGAGUACGCCGAUGUCACUGUCAGCACCAAAACCCAAACCGUCCUGCCCACAGUCGACGAUGAUGCCGUACAGCGAGCCGUGGAGGAUGUAGCCGCCGCUGUCGCUCACCAAGAGGCUGAGCCACAGGUGCAACAUUUUAUGUCGCACGAUUUGGGUCAUCGCGAAUCGAGCUUUUCGCUGCGCCGCGAAUUCGCACAUACGCACGCGAACAAAGAGGGACGCAAUGUCUACUUUACUUUGUCCUUCGCCGGCGUUGCAUUGCUAGCGGCCAUCUUUGUAGGUGUCGCAGUGGCCAAGUGGAGAACAUCUCGUUCGCCACAUUCGCAAGGCUUCAUUGAAGUUGAUCAGAACGCCACCACACAUCAUCCCGUUGUACCGGAGGAGAAAAUCGUGGCGAACAUGCAAAUCAACGGUUAUGAAAAUCCAACAUACAAAUAUUUCGAGGUGAAGGAGUAAAAGGAGCAACCAAAAACAUAUAAACUUAAUAAAAAAUAAUAAUAAAUUUGCAAAUAUUGUAAACGCACUCAACAACUCAGUAAACCCACUAAAGGAAGCGUAAGCCCCGCCCCUACCCCUAAACAAAUAAGAAUAAAUAAACUCCCACUAUAAAAAGCCUGCUUUAUCAUCAUUACCCACUUAUACAUACAACUAAUAAUAAUACAACAAAUAAGUCAUACUGAAAAAAAAACCAAAAAACAACAACCACAAACCCAAGAAAUAUGCAAACAACCAAAUUUUCCAAAAAAGAAAAGAAAAAAAUUGGAAAUAAUUUUAAGAAGUUAAAAUAAAAACAAAACGGAGCGCAGUUCCAACAUUACAUACAUAAAACUGUGUGUAGAAAGAGUAGAGAAAGAGAGUGAAAGGGUAACAAAGGUAAAAGAAAUAAUAACUGUAAUAAAUGCAAAUAGUAAAAACGAACAAAUAGCGGAGCAGAAGCAAACCAUUAGAAGCAGAAGUAAAACUCAAAGCGCAAAAAAAUUAGAUGAACUUUUGAAAUGUGAAGAGGAUAUAAAAGAAAGAGAUUUCGAAAAUAAAAAGUGAGCUCAAAAACAAAGAUUUUAGCUCGAUAAAUGUACUCAAACUCACAACAAACACAUAUAGCAAUUUUCAUACACUCACCACUCACUAAGAAACUCACCACCACCACCAAAAAUAUGCCAACACACUCACUCGAACUCCACACUCAACCGAUGGAAGAAAUAACUCAAAAUAAUUCAGCAUUCUUUCAUACUCUACAUUACAAAAACAAAAAGUAUGUUGUUCUUGUUUAGAAAGUAUUAAUUAAAACCCAAAAAUUAUGUGUAAUAAUAAAGAGUAACAAAAACUUAAAGUAAAAUGUAUUAAAAUUUAAGUAAAUAAAAGGUCAAAAGGAAAAAGCAAAUUAUUUUUAAGCAAAAAGUGGAAUUCGAAAUUUUGCAAAUGAAGAAAACGUGAGCAAAUUUUAUUUAACUUGAACAAAAAUCAUUUGUUACGCAAAGAAAGUUCGAAUUAACAGUAAAGUGGUAAAGAGGGACAGUGAGUAUGCGUUGCUGGACACAAAGGUGGGUGAAAAUAUCCUAAGAGCUGAGCUUAAAGCUUCCUAGUAGUUGGGACGAACGGGGGAAGUGUAAAAUUGCAUAAGUUUGGGAGUAAUUAAAGAAAGUGAGAGAGGGAGAGAUAGGAGGUAAAGAACGUAAAACUUAUAAGGAAUUCUGAGAUCGGAAUUACUAUGAGCGACAGUUGUAUACAACUGCUGAAAGAAUGGGGGAGAGAGAGUCAAUGCCAGAUUAACCAAUCAAAAGAAAUGUACAAAAACUACUGAAUGAGCGGCGAGAAUUGAGUGCUUGAAAUAAAAGACACGAACUAAACGAGAUAAGAAGCCAAGAACUUAAAACCGCAUUUAAAGGGAAGAUGAAGAAAAACUUGCAAAAUGUAGACAAUAAGAGCUAUUGGAGACAAAGAAUUAGUUAGCGAAAACCCAAAAAUCUCUACAGUAAAAGAAAUAAUUUCUAAUUGAAAAGGUUUUUGAUUACCACGAACAUCUUGAAAUGAAAUCUAAUGAUUAACACAACAACUUGCAUAGUCACAUAGAAAGCUUUAAGCGCUUUUUUGUUAACUGGGAAACAAAUUUAUUUGAAAAUUAAUAAGCAACUAAUAACAACUUAAGUUUGCAUUUCAAAUAAAUAUGAAAGCUCAGCAAUUAGCUGUUAAAAGCUCUUAGAACAAUAUCAUAACUCACCAAUUGGUUGCUAAAAAGCUCAUAUAGGAACAUUGUUACGAGCUCUGGGAACCAUAUUGAGAAAAAUUCAGCAUGAAAGCUUACAGCAAUCAUAAGCUUCCAUUGAUAAUGUUGCUACAACGUUUAAAGCUUUUCACAGUUAAUAAACAAAUUGCUCUCUCACGCCGUAAUAAUGGAUAUUUUCACACACAUACACGGGAAAAGAAAGUUUGAGCAAAUGAAAUGAGUUUUGGCGAAUAAAAUUUAGAGAAUUAAGUGUUUUUUUUUUUGUGAAAUGGAAAGGAAAUUUGAAAAAGCUCUCCACACCUAUAAAUACAUAUAUAAAGCAACUUUCACUCACUCUACUUCUAACAAAUAAAUACAACAAAAAUAACAAUCGCCUGCUUUUCACUAAUCCCUUAAGACGCUGUAAGAAUGAAUAUGAUUAAACAAGUGUUUAGCAUUAGCUGGUUAAGAAUUCUCUAUAUAUCUAUAUAUACACAAAUAUAUGUAUAUAUAAAUGGAACGCAAAAGCUGAAGGUAAUGCAAUGAAGCGCAUAAAACAUGAGUACAUAAGUAUACAUACAUAAACUAAAUAAAACGCCUGCUGCUAUUCUUAUACUCAAGACAUAGAAACACAUAGAAAAACUUAGAAUACAUGAAAAAACUACACAAGCAUACAAACACAGAAGCUUGUUAAGUGAGAGCGUUUUGUAUGAACUAAAAAACAACCUUUGAAAUAUUCGGAGCAAAUGAGUGGUAAAAGAGAGUUGACAAUUACUUAAAAAAGGCAAUUAAUUAAAAAAGUUUUCAAGCUUUCAGUGCAAGCUCUCAAUAUUAGCAAACUCAAAUGUUCGUAGCAUUGCCAUAUCAUAAAGUUGAUAAAUAUUUAAGAAAAGACAAUUAACUAAAAGAGCUUUCAAGCUGUCAGAGCAAGCACUCAAUAUUGAGAGAUUAAAAUGCUCGGAACAAGUACCAUUAAAUUAGAGUCCACAACUGCCUAAAAAGGAACAGUUAAUAAAAAAGUUUUCAAGCUUUCACUGCAUUACGCAAUAAUAAGAGAUAAAAGUUUGGAACAACUCCGCGAGCUUUCGAUUUUGUACAAAAAAAUGUAUUUAUGCUACAAGAGUGGAAGUUUUCUAAGCUUAGAUUGAAUAUUGCAUAAAAGAAAUUGUUAUUAAAAGAACCGCUCAAACUUUUUUACAAAAAGAAGAAUUUCUGCAAGCGAAAACUUGUUAGUACAGAGCUUUUUAAGCCCCCUUCUCCAAACUCGCUGUUAAAAAACGAAAUUUUCGAAAGCUGCAUACGCUUUUACUUCAUUGAAAGUGCCAAAGCUUGUUAGUAAAGAGCUUUCGAAGCGCACUUCUUCAAACUCGCUGUUAUAAAGCGCAAAACCAUUUUCGCUGAGAUCAAAUGUUUAUUACCAAAAAGCUCUAGCUGUAGCAAACAAGCAUUUUUUAGUUUCUAUUAAUGGCUCCACCCACUGAUAAACUCGAAUGGCGUCAGUUAGCUUUGUUACAGCACGUAGAAAACCACUUAUCACGCGUUGCCUGCCAUUAUUAGCUGAUUACAGUGGUCACGCCCCGGUGAGGUGUCCACAAAUCAACGUUUAGAGUGAUAAGGCAAUACAAAGAGACGCCGUAACUUGAGAAGACAAAAAUACAUGCAUUUCCUAUACGACAAGAAAGCAUUCAUAUCAAUUUUCAUAUUUCUAUUAUAUUAUUAAAUAAUUGUUUUUAGCAUUUAGUAUAUUUAAUUUAGUGUUUUAAUUAUAUAAUUUAAUGACUUUAACUUGAGAAAGACAGUUUUGAAGAUUUGUGCAAAUUUAAUCAGACACUAAAUCAACACUCGAAACUAAGGAAGCGCAUAAGUAAAUGAGAUAAAGUCAGCCGAGCCAUUAUAGGAAAAACAAAAACUUAAAAAUAGUUUAAUUAAGUGCUUCAGUUUCUCUCUGAUACAUUUACAUACUACAUGUGUCUACAUUAUAAGGACUUGAGGACCAUACACUUGUUUACAGAUAUGUUAACUGUUUACUUAUUACUUAAUUGAUGCAAAGCAUUUUUGCGUUGUACUUUAUAGAUAAUUUAAAUUUUAAUGAUGAAAUUGAUUAGAUUUCGAAAAAUGAGGCCCAAACAAGAACAUAAAACGGUUGAGAAUUGUAAACAAUAGGAAACGUAACUGUUUAUGCAGCCGCACUGCUUGCCAGUGCUCUCUUUCACUCGCUCACGCGCUGUGCGCAGCAGUUUAGGUGCGUUUGCUGGCCACCCAGCGGGUUCGCAGCAUAUUUCACUCACUUUAACAACAACCAAUGCGCCGUUAUUGCCUGCAAUUCUCAACCGCCUUAUGUGGUUCACAAAAAUGCAAAAAUACGCCACUAACAAGCAGUCAGCAAUACACACACACACACACACACACACACAAACGGUAUACAAAAUAGCGAAGAACAACAACUCUACAACAAAUACCCUAUGCAUAAAUAUUGCUAAAAAAUUAUUUAUAAAUAAAACGAAACUAUAACUGCGAAACAACUACAAAUCCUUAACAAACGCGUAAAUUCAAUGCGACUCUAAGCGUUUAAGUAAAGAAAUGCUAAGCAAACCAAAAACCUAGUCAAAGCUUAAAUAUUUUUCUGUUCAUUUAUUAUAAAGCAAAUCAUAACACAUACACGCAUACAUACAUAUAUACAUAUAUAUUUAAAAUAUAUAGUAUACAACAACAUAUAUGAAAAGUAAAAAGCAAAAACCAAACAAUAAUAAUAACAACAACCGCAACAAUUGAUAUUUACACUGACAAUUAGCGAAGAAAGAGAACAAAAGCGUAGAAAUAAAUUAAAAAAAUUUAUAAAGCAAACAUAAAAAUGCCUACAAACAGCUGAUGAAAUGAAGAAAUUGUAAGCAAAAACCCCGUCCUGCGUGAAUUAAACAUAAAAAAUAAAAAUACACUUAAAAAAAUGCAAAUAAAAUUAAAAAAAAAUUAAAGCAAAUAAAAGUGAAAGACACAAAUCAAACAAAUACAAAAAAGAAAAAAAAUUAAAAGAAAAAUAAAAUUAAAAAUAAAAAGAAAAUAUCAGCAAGUAAUUUAAAGUAAACAAUUUAAGUUGCGAAAAAUACAGUGUAUAAGCUGUAUUAAAAAUUAAAAAAAAUAUAUAAGUAUAAAAAAAAUAAGUAUAAAAGCUUGCAACUGUUUAUCGACGUCGCUCGCCCUAACCCCAAAAAACCAACACCGUUUAUUUGUCAUACAUGCUUCAAAUACAAAAAGUUAUAUUAUUUAAAAAAAAAUUUUUAAUUAAAAAAGCAAAAAACAAUUAAUUAAUACUUAUUACGUGACUCCUUUUUCACUUUUUCGUUGUUUGCGCAACAAAAAAUUCACACUGCAACAAAUACAUUUAUUAAAUACUUAAUUAUUAUAUAUUAUUGCAUAGAAAGUCAACAACAACAAACAAAAAUUAUAUAUAUAAAUUAAAUUUAAAGUAACAUUAAAACAAAUAAAAUAUUAUAUAUAUACAUAUAUAUGUGAAUGUACUCAAUGACAAUUGUAAUUGCAACAAUAAUUGUACGCUAAUAUAUUAUAUUUAAAAAAACAACAACAACCACAUGAACAGUAACACUACAGAAAACGAGUCCACAACCAACAAUAGCUAAUGCAUGCCCAGCACCCCGAGCAGUAAGCAUAAACAAAACUACAGGAACAAAACAGGAAACGCCACAAAAAUAACAUUUAAUUUACAUUACAAACAGUUGGCAACCUUUUUUGCCAAAAAACAAAGCGAAAACCCAUAUAAGCCAACACAUGCCACAUUGCAACAACAACAAGCAGCUAAUAGCGACAAGAAAAUGUCUCUAAAUGUUAUGAAAUGCGACAAAAUUUGCAAAUACACUGAGAGAAAUUAUACACAUUUCUUUGUGCAAGUCCAUAUUUUCGAAAUUUUCUAACGUAAGCCAACCGACUACCGACAACCACUUCCACACCACACGCCCACUUGCAAGCGAGUCGAGCAAUCAACAGAAUUGCCCACUGUGCUCGCGCAUGUACUUGUAUGUAGUAUUUGUGUUUGUAAUGCAGCAAGUAAUUGUAAUUGUAAUGGUAAUUGUAAAAUGUUUCAGCGCAAAAUGCAAAGCUCUAAAGUAAUUAAAAGUAAACUGCAAGCGAUUAUAUAACUAAUGUAAGUUGUUGUUGCGCGCUAAAUAAAAAACAAAGGAAACCAAGAAAGCCAAGAAAACAAACUGGAAAUGUCGCGCGUACACUUAAAGAAAUAUUAGCAAAACAAUGGUUUAUUAAGUAUUUAAAAGCAAAAGCAAAACACAAAAGUCUUUAAGUCUUUAAGUGGUAAAACUGUAAGUGGAAAGAUUGUAUGCAAAAUGGUAAUUUUAAUUCAGUGUAAACAAUAAUACUAGAAAAAAUAGUAAAAAAAACAACAAAAUGAAUACUUAAACACCCACACAGACACACACUCACUCACACAUAUAUGUAUACACACAGUGUAAAGCAACGGGCGCACAAUGGUGCCGCGGGGAGAGAAAACAACAAAAAGCAAAAGCAAAAAAAAAAACCAAAAACAAACAAACAACAAAACAAAAACAAAGUAACAUACAACAAUUUUUUUCUUUCGAAUUUUUUGUGUUCUUUUUUCGAAAUAUUUUGCAUAAAUAAUAAAAUAAAAAACAAAAAACAAA